AUGUCUCUCGACCCGCCGGCAUACAUCCUGUCGCUCCAGAACAACAUCCGGGCGCGACCAAUCUCGUGGGAAGGAGCUGUACGAGCAAAGACAAUCACCGACCAAGACCUCAAGAAGAUCAAGUCGAUAGAUAAGGUCCGCAAGGAACAGCGCAGACAGACGGUCGAGUCGGAUCCUGCCAGCUAUGCUGCUCUGGUCCUGGGCUCCGACGACAGCCCCAGCAUUUUCCAGUCUGCCGCCAAGCGCUCCGACAUUGUCCAGUACAUGCUUGUCUUGACCGGUGAUCUUAUCGAGGCCAAGCUUCUCGAGCAUGCCGACCCCUACGCUCCCUUUGUGCCGCUCCUCAAGCAGACAGCCAACCCUGAAGACUCCAUCCCUCUACUGGCAUCAUGCGUCCUGUCAAGCCUCAUCUCCCACGGCCUCAUGACUGGUGGUCCCCAGGCCGAACAGAUCGACAAGGCCCUGCCCAAGCUAUACUCGUACAUCUCAACUCUCGCAAGAAGGUCCGACAGCAACCUUCAAGACAUUGCUGUUCAGGAGUACUCGGCCUUGUUGCGCACAGCAAAGUCACGCCAGCUGUUCUGGGAGCAAAGAAACGACACAGUCACUCCUCUGUUCAACAUCUUGACAAACGCUACCGGAGGCGGUGUAAGAGACACUGAGUCGACCCUGAUCAGUGGUGGAAGCAUUCGCAGCAUCGCCGACUCUCAGAUCAUCAACAACGUCGGUCUGCAACUGCUAUACCACGUCUUGCUCGUCAUCUGGCAGUUGAGCUUCGAGGGCAAGCUGGUCGGUCGUGGUCUCGAUGAGUACGCAUCCCGAAGACCCUCUCGCAAGCAUGAACUAACCUUCUCCAGGGAGCACGACAUCAUUGUCCUCUACGCCGCCCUCCUCCGCAUCUCGCCCAAGGAAAAGACCACCAGACUUCUCCUCGCUACCCUCACAAACCUUCUUUCGACCAACCGCGAUACCCUAAUGCCUGCCGUCAUCCCUGCUCGCCUUCCCGCCAUACUCCAAAACCUGCAAGGUCGUCACCUCAACGAUGCCGACCUUCUCGAGGACCUGAAAGCCCUUCAAUCAAUGGUCGAGGAAUUCCAAAAGACACAGACAACUUUCUCGGAAUACGCCGCAGAGGUCAACUCCGGCCACCUUCGCUGGUCGCCACCCCAUCGUAACCAGGCCUUCUGGAGCGAGAACGCCCGCAAGAUCCUCGAGGACAAUAAGGGCGAGUUGGCCAAGAAGCUUGCUGAGAUUCUCUCAAAGUCCUGGGACAACGACAAGCAGGUGCUGGCUAUUGGCUGCAACGACGUCGCAUGUCUUGUCAAGGAAGUACCCGAGAAGAGACAGCAGAUGGAGAAGCUUGGUCUGAAGGCUCGAGUCAUGGAGCUCAUGCAGCACAACGACGAAUCCGUGCGCUGGGAGAGUUUGAGAGCAGUCGGUGAAUGGCUCAGAUAUUCCUUUGAGAAAUAG